AUGCAGCUAAGGAAGAUGCAGGAACGCGAAGAAAACUUCCAAAGGCAGCUAACGGAGAUGCAGCAACGAGAAGAAAAUUCACAAAAGCAGCUGAGGGAGAAGCAGGAACUCGAAGAAAACUCACAAAGGCAGUUGAGGGAGAUGCAGCAACGUGAAGAAAACUCACAAAGGCAGUUGAGAGAGAUGCAGGAACGUGAAGAAAACUUCCAAAGGCAGCUAACGGGGAUGCAGCAACUAGAAGAAAACUCACAAAGGCAGUUGAGGGAGAUGCAGGAACGAGAGGAAAACUUCCAAAGGCAGUUAAGAGAAAUACAGGAAAACGAAGAAAAUUCACAGAGGCACCUAACGGAGAUGCGGCAACGCGAAGAAAACUCACAAGGGCAGUUAAUAAAUUUUCAAGGACAAGUUUCAACCUUGCAAAUGGAGCUAAGGGAACAAGAACAGGAAAUAAAUGAACUAGAGUUGAGUCUUUCAUUAGCCCAGCAAACAAUAAAUGAACAGCGACGACAGGUAACACCUCACUGGGUCAUUUCCCGCAAUGAAACUCAGAUGACAGAAAACUGCUUAGGGAGGGAAGGCUGGGGAAGUGUCAAUGAAGGUACCUACUGUGGCUGUACUGUAGCAGUGAAGAAAAUCCAUGACCUGAUUUUGUCCCCUCACAAUAGGCUUUUAUUUGAAAGAGAAAUGAAUAUUGCUUCAGCUUGUCGCCAUCCCUGUUUGCUACAAUUUAUCGGCGCCACAAAUUACGAGGGAAGUCCCCUGUUUGUGACCGAGCUCAUGGAGAUGAGUCUGCGAAAUUUGCUGGAACAGCGGCAACUAUCUGGAACAGAAAUGCGCGUCAUUUCUUUGGAUGUAGCUCGCGCGCUGAACUACCUUCAUAAAAGAAGCCAUCACCAAUCAUUCACCGGGAUGUCAGCAGUGCUAAUGUGUUGCUAUGGCGACAGGGUGACCAAUGGAGAGGCAAAGUGUCAGAUUAUGGCACUGCUAAGUUCAUUCAGCACACCAUGACAGUGGCUCCUGGAGCUAUAAUUUACAGCGCACCUGAAGCACUUACACCAAACCAAACAGUCAAGGUUGGUCAUCAUUGAUUUCAGGUCCCAGUUUUUUAAAUAAGCCUACAUAUAAUACCGUGUGACUGUAUAGCGGAGGGAGUGAGAGUUUGAGCUAACUUUUUUUGAGGUGAGAUGUAAGUCAACCAGAAAGUUCUUUUACGUUUAUGGGACUCUUCAGAUGAUAUCGUCUUUGGGGCAUUAAAGCAAGAAAGCUGGAUCAACAAGAAAGAGGAGUAUCAAAACUUUCUCAAACGUAAACUCAAUUUCUUUGGCUUUUUUUCUCUCGUUAGGUCGAUGUUUACAGCUUUGGUGUUUUAUUGUGCGAAAUGUGCAUCCGGGAACUUCCAAAUCCUGAAAAUAGAAACGAGCAAGUUUUGCUGAUUACGAGCCGCGUGUUAAGAGGCCUGGUACGACGCUGCCUGCAGACAGAUCCUGGCGUGAGACCAACCAUGCAGGAGAUCAUCAAUGAUUUACAUAGAGCUGUUUAAUUUCUAUCAGUUAUUUUUUCACUCAGCCGAGCGCGAUAUAACUUACCUGCGUCGCAGACGCUCUAAACUUUCUGUUUAUUAUACAAUGGUUUAGACGAGUGUGUGCCGACUGAAACGCAGGCUAGAUAUAACAAAAUUGUAACAAAUUCAUCGCGGAAGUCGUGUCCAAUCGUCCAUCGUGACAAAGUAGUUUACAAAAGUGUUACUAGAAGAAAAUUAUUCAGGUUUUUUGUAAUGAUGCCCAAAAGCCAUGAUACAGCUGUAUAUGUUGUGGUUCAGUUUUAUUCUUGGUUUAAAUUUUAUUUCCUUUUUUCAAAAAUCAUUAUCAUAUGUUACCAUACUCCAAAAUAAAGGGGAUAAUUUUGAACCAAGGAUAGAAUCAAGCCACAACCGGGUAAUAGCAAGUAAGUGCUUUUUAGGAUUAGCAAUGUCAAACAAGUUCUUCGGGUCUGAGAGAAGAUCGCUGAGAUAUCAGUCUAUAUCUACAGCUUGCUUUCUAUUUGAUGGUUAGAUAAGGAUCUUUUUGUUAACACCACUGAGAAUUUGACUAAAGAACAGUAAAAAUAAAUAGCUUUAUUUCUACAUAUGCAAUACGUCACUUAUAAAAUAUGUUUUUUCCUUAAUUUAGAUAUUUCUUUCUUCUGAAAAAGGUAAUACACACGAAGUAACGUAGUUAAUGUUGAUUAAAGGUAUGGCUAGACUGAUGUCGCAUAUAGAACAUACGCGUAGUAGUUAGCAAUACGCCCUUUGCAGCUAGCCAUUCACGUGGUACAAAACCGCCACGCUGGAGAGCAAAAGUCGCACUGGGACAAGACAAACAAAAGACAUACAUAAUUUGAAAUGGUAAUUUUCUUUGUUUGUCUUGUCCCAGUGCGACUUUUGCUCUCCAGCAACGGCGGUUUUGUACCACUUGAAUGGCUAGCUGCAAAAGGCCUAUUAUGGUAUACUCGAGUAGUAAUUUGUACUGAUUUGAGUUCCCCAUGCCGGUAAUAGGUAACUUUCUCAUAAAGCAGGGUUUACUUUAAUUACAAUGCUACUUACUUAUGCAGUAGGUUGUAGACGUGAAAUUGACUAACUUGACUGAGGAUACCGUAGAUGUGUCGCUUAUGAAAAGUCAGUUUAGGGUUAAAUCUGUUGUGUGGUAAAGCCCAUUAAGGGAUUUAUAAUUAAACUUUCCUCUAUAAUUUGAGUUUCCUAUCCAGUAGGUAACUUACUAAUAAAUGCAUAUAUAAUUACCUUCUUAUAAAGUAGGUCAUGCUCAUGAAAUAGACAAUGCUGAAUAGACAAAACCGACCACUAUCACGAAAAAGACCGGAAAUUGCGGAUGCUUCGGCGCUCGUCGUCGUCCCGAGAAUUACGAAAAACGAACCUCAGAAGACGAAUAGGGUUAGAAACAUUAUGCUUGAAAAAUUUGAGCAUUAUGCUUUUGAGCGUCAACUCGAAAGCAUUCUCACACUCAUUAA